CACAGCUCUGUGAAUUUAUUUUCGUUAUAUCGCGACUAUAUUGCGAAUCGUAACUACAACAAUAAAAAACUCCAUAAUUCGAAAAUAAUCGAUAGAUUAGUGCUAGAAAGACUAUGAGAGCGGAUUAGUUGGUGGAUUAGCCUAGAGUGUCAUGAAUUUUGUUUAUAUGGCAACUAGCAGACCAUUCUACUAUCACUCGACCCGCCGACAACACUGACAGCGUCCCUGCUAUCGGUAUGAGCUGGCAACAGGACCUGACCCCUCUUGAUCACGAUUCCUCUGGCAGGCCUCUCUAUUUCUCCGAUGCAGACAUGGGUGACUCCUCCCUGGAGGAAGGAAUGACCACCAACCUUACUCUGGAACAGUGCAGAGAACAGUACAAGGGUCGGACAGAGUUUCUCGCGAGUACUCAUCAUCAAGACGGCUUCUGUAAGGCGACCUUUGAUCAGGUUAUCUGCUGGCCUCCAACGCCGCUGAACGAGACUGUGGUGGUGAAGUGCUUUUCCGAACUGUUCCAUGUCAAGUACGAUGAUACACAAAAUGCGACUAGACAGUGUCUGCCGAAUGCGACAUGGACCAAACCGGACUUCUCGAGGUGCAAAGAAAUCGUUUCAAUGUCUGACGACGUGGAAAUCCACAAGGCAAUUUACUUCGCAGGAUAUACCUUGAGCCUUCUGUUUCUACUUGUAGCAAUAGGAAUCUUCACACAUUUCAAAGAAUUACGAUGUUUACGAAAUACAAUACAUAUGAACCUAAUGUGGUCCUAUAUGCUAACGUACUGCAUGUGGAUUCUGACAUUAAUAUUGGUCAAGUUUGGGUACAACUUAUCAAUUUUGUGUGUCUUCGAUGUGAUGCUUCUGUAUUAUUUCCACAAUACCACAUUUUUUUGGAUGUUUGUCGAGGGUCUCUACCUUUAUAUACUCGUUGUGAGGACCCUGACUAGAGAAAACUUCAAGCUGAGGGUCUACGUAUGCAUAGGAUGGGGACUGCCUUUGAUCUUCCUGAUCAUCUGGGGAGUGGUGAAAAGCUUCGUCCCGGUCGGUAGCGAAUCAGGAAGUUCAUUUUUCUUACAGUGUCGAUGGUUCUCCUACCAUGACAUCGAUUGGAUCUUCCAGGUCCCCACGCUCGUAGUCCUCCUACUCAACUUCAUCUUCCUCAUCAGCAUCAUGUGGGUGUUGAUUACCAAACUGAGGUCGGCUAACACUUUGGAAACACAACAGUACCACAAGGCUGCCAAGGCUCUACUUGUACUUAUGCCCCUCUUGGGGAUACAGUAUGUCAUCAUGGUUUAUGCGCCCAAAUACAAGAAGUCUUCAAUCGAUGUUUUCGAAUUAGCAAGAGCUAUUCUCAUAUCUACGCAGGGAUUCACAGUGGCGUUGUUCUAUUGUUUCCUGAACACCGAGGUACAAAACGCCGUCCGACACCAUUUCAACAACUGGAAGACGAGAAGAUCUUUGGGUCCCAGUAGGCUGAGAGCAGGCAGCAGAAGCAGAGAUUGGUCGCCACGGUCUAGGACUGAAAGCAUACGGUUAUACAGUCAACCAACGAAUUUGUACCACAAAAGAGAAUCCUGCACCUCCGACAUCACCACCACAACAGUGAUAACAGUGAAUGGAGGAACUUCCAAACCUACCAACGGCACGACACAUGGCAGAGGAUCUUUCCUGCAAGCACCCAGAAAUAGUUUGGUGGGAAACGUGUGAACUCAUUUCGUGUGAAUAAAAACGGGAUCAAUGUUUAUGUGUCUCUAUAGUUUAUGUCUUGAAGUAUCAUUGUAGUCACCUGUAUUGUCUGAAAUUUCAUUGUGUUCAAAGAAGGUACCUAUGUAAAUGUCGAAAUUGUCAUUUUCAUUAAAC